AUGCGCGGAACUCGCCGGAACCACGUCCGGCGGUUUGUUUGCGCGAAACCGCUUCUUCGCCGCCGAGCGAAGUGUCGACGUUUAUUAGCGCCUCGACUCGGCAGGAGCUCGGACCGGAUCGCCACGAUGGCGGCUAAGGUGGGGCUGGUCUUCAAUCUCCUCGUGAUGCUCCCGAUUGCGAAGGGCGACAUUCCAGGAACAUUCUUUUGGAAACCAAGAUUGGGACUCGACUUGUCUAUUCCGACCACAACGUCGUCGUACGCGCAGGCGGUCAAGGGCGACCUGAAGCCGACCGUCGACGAGAUACGGCGGGGCACCGCGGUGCUCAUAGAGGGCUACCAGCUGGGCGUCACCGUGGUGGCGCUCGCCCUCGGCAAGGACGUGUGGGACGUGCAUCCCCACCUGAACCCGUUCCGCGCGUGGUUCUACACCACCGCGUACCGGUGGGGCCUGCGGCAUUUGGCGCUGAUCCCCGAGUGGCUCCACGGCACCAAGUACAGCUACAUAGACACGCACCGCGCGUGGCGGAAGCGGUUCCACUUCAACGAGAAGUUCACGCCCAAGUGGAUGCGCUGGUUCCUGCCCCACGUGUGGGAGUGGGACAGGGAGGAGAAGCAGUUUCGCAGGUACAUGCGCUACGCGGACCCCGCCUUCGCGAAGCACGUGCACUACCCGGGCGAGGUGUUCGACGACUGGAAGUCUGAGGAGUCCACGGAGACGGUGGAGAACCUGGACAUAUCCAACGGCUCCAUCGAGAAGGACCAGCCCGACUAC